AUGUCAGAAACUGAGCUGGAAAAGAUAAAAGUCAGAACAGCUAAGCAUUUUGAAAAUGACAAAAAUAACAUUUCUUGGUUGAAGGAAGGAUUAUCCAGUUCAAUUCAAAGUCCUCUGGAAGACCCUGAUGUGCAACUCACAAAUGAAAAGCAGGCAGACCAGAAAGCCAUUAAUGCUAUCGUUAUAAAUUCAGUAUCCGAAUUCAAUAUCACAGAUGGACCAGCCAAGGAAACCCCCAGUGAGAAAAAACUGUCAGAAUCCAGCAUAUCACUGUCCUCCCUUGAAGAAAGCCAAACGAAAUUUUCCUACCUCCAAACUGAUACUUCAGUUCAUCCGAGAGACACUGAUGAGGACUGCGCCUCCCUUAUCCUCACCUGUCUGUUCUGCCAGUUUCUGGAUUGUCUCCUGAUGCUCCCGGACACGUGUGAAACGGUGUGUAUCAAUGUUUGCUGCCCCUCCCACAGGUACCAUCACACCUCAGAUGAAAGCCACUCCCGGAAUGACUGCAACUGCAACUGUGACAUUGACUGCAGCCUUUUUGAAUCUUGUCACGAGACCAGUGAGUGUCUGGAGUUGGCCAUGGAGAUUUCAGAAAUUUGUUAUCGUUAG